AAACCUGCGGCUAAUGAUUCUUCAUCCUUGGAAGAUGGGAAGAAAACUGCUCCUGCUACUAGCAAGGCUACAAGCUCUGAUGAAGAUUCUGAUGAGGAUAGUGAAGAUGACAAACCUCCACAGAAAAAGGCUAAAGCAGAUACAAGACAGAGUAGUAGUGAUGAUUCUAGCGAUAAUGAAUCUGAUGGAGAGGCAAAUAAAAAGGCAAUGCCACCAUCAUCAACGGGAGGAACUAAGACACUCUUUAUGGGCAAUCUCGCAUCCAAUGUUGAAAAAUCUGAUAUCGAGAAGUUCUUUGAAACAGCUGGCAGAGUUGUUGAUGUUCGAUUGGUUACUAGUAAAAAAGAUGGUAGUUUCAUGAACUAUGGCUAUGCUGAGUUUUCUUCUUCUGAAGAAGCACAGAAGGCCCUUGUGGAAUUUCAACGUAAAGAGUUACUCGGUCGCAAAAUCCGUCUUGAUGUGUCUGUUGAUAUGGGUCCCGAUGGACGAGUACUACGCACUCCUGAUAGUACUUUCACCGGUGGAUUCGAUUGGCCUCCUUUUUGGUUACGAAAACAAGACUGACACAGUAACUUUUGUUUUCAAUGUACUUGU